AUGAAUACACCGAUUUCAUCACCUGUUAUUACAUCCACUUCAAAAGAAACAUCAACUUCAGAAUCCACCAUGGAAACUAAAUCAUAUCCAACCCCAAUACCUUCUACGCCCGAUGCAUGGAUAAGAGCGCCAGGUCUCUUCAAAUUACCCACAAUUCACAACAAAGUACUGCUAGAAAGGUCGUUAGCCUACAGAAAGAAAGAAAUGAACGUCGAAAACGUUCAGAAUUCAUUUCGACAAUUAGCGUUCCUCGGUGACAGUUUAAUAUACUCCGAGUUCGUUCUAAUUCUGCAAGAGAUAUUUCCACAUAUACAAUUAAAGCAUAUAUCGAUGCUUCGUGCAAAAUUGGCAACUAGAGAGCAAUUGGCGCAAUUUUCAGUAAAAUGUGGAUUAUCGAAAAUGGUGAAAAGUAAUCCCACUAGUACUCAAAUUGAUGUGCAAGGCGAAUGUAUGGAAGCAUACAUUGGUGCGUUGUUUUUGGAUCGUGGACCUGAUGGUCCAGCGGAAGUGAGAAAGUUACUGAGAACUUUUGUGAGAUGGUUUAUCGAUGAGAAUGAGGAAAAAUUAAAGCGCGGUCAAGAGAUAGCGGUUCGGGAAAGUAGUAAAACACGAAAAAGUAAGAAAAAAACGCCGAUUUCUGUUGGUGAUAAGAACAAUAACCAUAAAUCAGGUGAUAUGUGGGAUAUUUAUCCUGCUCGUAAAUCCUCAACUGGAAAAUCGAGAGCAGUCGGUGGAUUUGUAUCAUGA